AUGAACCGGAAGGAAGCUGGCACCCGGGAGACUUAUCCUCUGGAAUGUUGCAGCAGCACGGAUGGUUUCCUCCCGCGGCAGGGAGCGCGGCGGAACACACAACGCCGGUCGCGGAGAGACAUUGUGUUGCAGGUGCUGAAACAGCCCCUAUCCAGGGACGCCGUGGUGAUACUGCACGUGUUGGAGCGGGAUCUUUUCAACCAGAUCGCGCGCGAGGUGACCCGACGAAGUCAGGAGGGUGCGGACCUACGAGGCGAGCGCCGGACAACCGCGACUGCUGAGAUCGGCUCCACCCUCCGGUCGCUCCUGUCCUCGAGAGUUGCGCUUCGUGCCCGCACCACCUCCUUCCUGAUGCGUGGCCGGCGGGUGGCCCGCGCGCUGCCCGCGCUAGUCCGAAGGAGUGGGCUCCGCUUGGGGUCCCCCUAG